CUUACCCUUUUCUCGUCCUAUAUAAAUAGCCGCCGGCCCUUCUCAAUAACCGCUCUCCUCCCUCAACUCUCCACGCCUUUUGCAAGUUUCUCUCUCUCCAUAUGUACGCCGACGAUCGCCGGAAACCUAGCAGACUCCGGUCUCCGCUGGCUUCAGCUGCUCCUCUCCUCCGGCGCUUCCGCUACCGCCGCCUAAGGUAGUCAUCGGUAGCGUCGAUCGAAUAGCUACGAGUCGUGUUGUGUAUAUAUACGAUACGUUGAACAGAUUCUAUGCCGACAUCGAAGAAUCACCGGAGAGGAGAACCGGAGAAGAAUAGGAAGGGGAAAGUACCAGAGAAAGCGUCGUCGUUUCACGGAAGAGGCGGACGAGUCUCCGCCGCAUCGGAGAUGCUUCCGAGGCCGAAAACUGUGCCGGAAAUUCUCUCCGGGCGAAGAUCCGGCGGUAGAUCGGCGGACGAAGUGGUUGCGCUGAUAGCUCCGCCGAAACUAACGAAGCUUCUUCUGAACGUGACUAUACAGAGGAGCCUCUGCGCCGUGAGAGUGGUUAUUCCUCCGGAGGCGACGGUUGCCGAUCUAAUCGCCGCCGCUCUGUUGCAGUACUUGAAGGAGGUGCGCGUGUCGGUGCUUCCGUCGAGCGACGCCGCCGCCUUCAACCUUCAUUACUCGCAGUUUAGCUUGGAGAGUUUGGAUAGAGCUGCAAAGGUAAUUGAAUUAGGAUCGAGGAACUUCUUCCUCUGCAUCUCCCCUGGCGCCGCAGCAUCGACAUGCUCGAAGGAAGCCGAUAAGGCGAGGACGAAGCUGCUACCAUGGCUGAAUUUCAUAUAACCAACUGUACGUCGUCGUUUUACCACCACUGAGAACGUGUCUAUCACUCUCUCUCCCUCUCAUUAGAUGAAUGAGUCUAUAUCUAUUAUUUUAUAUAUAUAUAUAUUUUUUAAUUAAAAAUUAUAGUAUUAAUUAUAUACCUACUGUAGCUUAGUGUAUAGGUGCAGCGCCAAAGAUAUUAAUCAGUCCACUUGCGUUAAGUGUGGACGCAGGCGUCUGACUGCCUAUACCAAAAUGCCUUUGAAUUUUAUUUUUGUGCAUAUAUUGCAAUAAAAUGAUUGGGACUAUUUUUAUUUUUUA